AUGCUUACAGGAUUUGCCGUUGACCUCUACCGCGCCAUUCAGUCAAUGCAGAAGAGUCAGAAUCUUAUUUGUUCUCCAAUGUCUGUCAGCCUAGGCCUCGGGAUGAUAGAGCUGGGUGCAAGAGGGACCACUUUGCAACAGUUAAGAAAAGCUCUGCAAUUUGAUCAAAUGCAGGAAGGGAUGGAGUUUUCUUUGUUGAAAGAGCAAUCCAAAAUCCUCUCCAGUAGUAGCAGGCAAUACUCGCUAAAACUUGCCAAUGCAAUUUACAUACAGGAUGAAUUCCGAUUGACUGAACAAUAUCUCCACAGCUGCCAAGAAUUCUUUCAUAGUGCUGUAAGAAAAGUGAACUUUCAAGAUUCUGUAUCUACUGCCAAUAUUAUCAAUAAAUGGAUAGCUAAUCAGACCAAUGAUAAAAUCAAAAACUUGGUGACAAAUCAAUCUUUCAACUCUUUGACAAAGAUGGUUUUUGUGAAUGCCAUUUAUUUCAAGGGGACAUGGAAACAUAAAUUCAGUUCAGCAAAUACCAGACUGGUGAAAUUUUUCAAGCAAGAUGGCUCUGUUUCUGAUGUACCAAUGAUGUACCAACAAGUAAUGAGCAAGUUUGGUUAUUUUACAGCUGGAAACAUCAGUUAUCAGGUUGUAGAAGUUCCUUAUGUUGGAGACGAAGCCAGCAUAUUCCUCGCACUACCAGCAGAAAGAACUGAUUUAAUAGAAUUGGAGAAACUUAUUACACCACAAACUAUCCAUAACUGGCUUUCCACAAUGGCAGAAGAAGACAUUGAGAUUAAUCUUCCAAGAUUUACAAUCCAUCAGACGGUAGAUUUGAAAGAGGCAUUUGGAGUCCUCAAUGUCACAGAAAUAUUUGGAAAUGAAUGUGACCUUUCUGGAAUCACAGAUUCGCCUGACUUGUACAUUUCUCAAGCAGUCCAUCAAGCAUUUAUUGAAGUAAAUGAAGAAGGAAGUGAAGGAGCAGCUUCAACAGGCAUGACAGCAGCAAUCAUGAGUCUUCCUCGACAUCAAUUUAUAGCAAAUCGCCCAUUCGUUUUUGUUAUACAUAGCAAACUGACAGGUGCAAUAUUAUUCAUGGGAAGAGUAAUGGAUCCUGAGGUGGUGAAUUCCUAUGGGAGAGAUAAGGAUGCUCUGUAAAAUAAAAGCAU